GCGAGCACUGUGGAAGCUUAGGGUUUGAGAAGGUAUUUUCAGCCAUGAUUUGGGUGCUGCUUUUUCCAGUGCUUUUCGCAAAUGUCAACGCUUUUCUAGGCAAUCCUGAUGUCAUUUUAAAAUCGUUCAAAGAAAAGUAUAACAAUAGUCAAUCAGAUUUGAUCUUUCUGCUCGAUGUCUCUGGAAGUGUAUCAAAUUAUGGUUUCCGAACCGAAAAGAUCUUCGUUGAUAAUUUGCUGAAUGAGUUCAGCGUUGCACCCUAUUCAACUCGUGUUGCCGUAAUUACUUUUGGAAAAGUGGUCAAAACAGAUAUCGACUACAUCGAUGUCGACCCUGGCGAUCGAACAAAAAACAAAUGCGAAUUCAAGCCAUUUUUCAAACACAGAAUCAAGCAUAGAUGGGGCUCAAGAACAGACAUGGAAGCAGCCUUCCAGCGUACAAUGGACGUACUACAGAGCGCUAUGAACAAGGGACGAAAGAGACUUAACGUUCAUACYGUGACGAUGAUGAUAACGGAUGGCUGGUGGAACCCUCGAGACCCUAGAGCCAAAGCCAAUCGUUUAAAAUCGACUUACAAAAACGAACUUUUCAUGGUUGGUGUUGGCGGCUACAAUAAAUGGCAGCUUCAAUCGCUGGCAACCACUUAUUCACACGUACUGGAAUUUCAAUCUUUUCACAAAUUCAAAGAACUUGCUAUGUUUAUCAGAGGAGAUGCGCAUGAUCGAGUAUACAUGGAAAUGCCGAAUAARUGCACAGCCAACCAAGGGUGUGAUAUCAACGGCUUCUGCGCAUGCGGUACUGUGAGUGGUAUUUACCAGUGCGUUUGUAAGGCYGGCUACGGUGGAACAGGCGUGAAAGGACAAUGUUUUAAAUGUCAAAGAGCGACAUACAAACGUUGGCCAAGUCCAGAAAGAUGCACAGAGUGUCCAGCCAACUCUACAACUGCUGGAGUGGGAAGUACAAGCAUCAAAGAUUGCGUCUGUUUCGAAGGAUUUGUUGGUUCACCCGAGGCCAAAAUCCCAUGUAAACCAAUCAGUUGUGGAGCUCUACCAGUACCUACCAACGGCAGAUUAAUCGCUCCUUGUGGGGAAGUAUACAAACAAACUUGUGAUUUCCAGUGCAAUGUUGGCUAUAACAUGGUAGGAUCUCGAUCAAGAACAUGUCAGAAAACAGGACAAUGGAGUGGAGAAUCAACCUCAUGUCAAGCCGUAAUAUGUGCCGCCCUACCACUAAUACCUCACGGCAGCAAAACUUGCACUGGAACCAAAUAUGGACAUCACUGUACGUUUGCAUGUGAUCAAGGAUAUGACCUUCAGGGAAGUGCAAAGAGGACAUGCCAACUCGAUGGAACUUGGACAGGRACCUCAUCAAGUUGCAAAGUUAAACUUUGCCCAGCCUUACGCAAGCUUGCCUUUGGGACUGUUCUUCCCGGUGAUUGCGUAACAAAACCACAGCCUUAUGGCCAAGGYUGCGUCAUGAAGUGCGCGCAAGGCUAUCAAAUUGACAACUCUGCUCCACUGACGUGUGGUAUUGAUGGACAGUGGAAAGGGAAGUUUCCGACAUGUACAGAUAUUCGCCCGCCUGUAAUCACUUGCCCUCGUUCUAUCAAUGGCAACACUGACCCAGAAGCCCCAACUAAGAUGGUGACAUGGAGUCUACCAACAGCCUCCGAUAACGCACAGCUUCACGAUCCUAAUGCCACACCUAAAAUAACUAGUUCUCACCCCCAUGUUAAAUCUCCGUACGAGUUUGCAAUAGGAACAACGCGUAUUGUGUACACUGCUACUGAUAAGACCGGUCUUACUGCAUCCUGCACCUUCACCAUUUCUGUUGUAGACAACGAGAAACCAUUUAUUUCAUGCCCGGACAACAUUCAGGCAACUAAAAAGGUUGAUGUUCCAAAAACCAAUGUUUACUGGAAGCCUCCUAUUACGUUUGACAAUUCACGUCUGCCUGUUAAAGUAUUCACACAAUCAGUCAACGGCUCUUCCUUCCCAGAAGGAGCACACACUAUCACAUAUACCGCAGUAGAUGCAGUCGGUAACAAAAACAAAUGUACAUUUGUUAUUCAAGUGUCAGGAACGAACUGUAAGCCAUACGAUCCUCCAAUCAAUGGCAAUAUAGUCUGUGAGUCCAAAGCUGCGUGGGGAGGUGACCAAUGCACUCCAAUGUGUAAUUCUAAGUUUGACUUUGCUCGAGUUCCUGCCCAGUUUUACCUAUGUAUGUACAGUGGAUAUUGGUACCCAUUUGACCAGAGACCCAAUGUGCAAGUAACAAUGCCUUGGCCUGACUGCACAAGUUCGUUUGAUCCAAAUGCCGUCAAGGGAAUGGAAUGGCAAUACUUCACUGGUGACUGCAAUAGCCCGGCAGCGCAAAAACAAGCUAAGGAUAACUUUAUUCGGGGAGUGCAAGAAGUUCUUGGUAACGGCGAUCCCAACUUCUGUAAGAACAUGGGUGUUUGCGAAAUGGAGAAGAUAAGAGUGAUCUGUGGUAAAGUACAAGCCAGAAAACGAAGUGUUAGCCAUACCAACGUACUCAAGAUAGACGUCCAGCUCGAUGUUCUCAGCAAUGGCAGAAGCUAUAGCGAGGUCCAGAAACAAAUGGACGACUUUAUGAUAAAACUGCGUGCAGCAAAGUAUGGAAAACUUAGAACCCUUAAUGUCCAAGGAAUGAACAGCCAGUUUAAAGCUCUAAUUGAACAGAAUGUACAGCGCCAAUGCAGGAAUGGAACAGUUUACGAAAUGAACACUGAAAAAGCACAGAAGUGCCAGAGUUGCCCAAGUGGUACAUAUUACGACUCUAAUCAGGGCAAAUGUGUAAAAUGUCCUAAAGACACUUAUCAAGACGCUGUUGGUAGUUUGAGCUGCAAGAAAUGUGGACGUGGACUUUUCACCGCCAGUGCUGGAUCUAAGAAAGCUAUAGAUUGUAAAUUACCCUGCCCUGCCGGAGAGCAUUCCCCGACUGGUUUGAUCAGCUGUGUAGCUUGUCCCMUUGGAUAUUACCAGCCUGACAGAAGGCAGACAAGCUGCAGAAAAUGCCCUGGAUCAACGACAACACUUAGGGUUGCUGCUACUUCAAUCAAUGAAUGUGGAAUGCCAUGCAAACCUGGAUCAUAUUCUAAAACAGGAGUCGAACCCUGUACUCUCUGCCCAGUCGGAACUUACCAGCCAAAUAGCAAAGAAAACAAAUGCGUAGACUGUCCUGACGAUAAAUCAACUUAUGGCGUUGGAUCAAGCCAACUUUCGCGAUGUGUUGCAAUUAAUUACUGUGGCUCUAAUCCUUGUAACAACGGUGGCAAAUGUGUGAAUAAUGCUGACGAAUACGAGUGUAAAUGUCCAUCCGGCUAUACCGGCAGACACUGCGAGAUCGAAGAAGAUGAGUGCGUAUCGACCCCGUGCGCAAAAGGAGCCACUUGUGUAGAUAAGGUGAACGGUUAUGUUUGCCUUUGUCCAAGGGGAUAUACAGGUCGUCAUUGUGGUGACAAAGCGGUCGAGUGUUCAUUAAGUCUUUGUAAAAAUGGCGGGAAAUGCGUCGAGACACCUUCAGGUGCAGAAUGUCUGUGUGUUGAUGGUUACUCUGGACAGUUCUGCGAAAGCAAUACCGAUGAAUGCAGUAGCAGACCCUGUAAAAAUGGUGGGCGAUGCACUGACAAAGUUAACGGAUUCUCCUGCGCAUGUCCAAGCGGAUUUACAGGCGAACGGUGUGAACAGAAGACCAACGGCUGUCAAAGCGACUCUUGCUUCAAUGGCGGAGUCUGCAGUGAAACGUCAUAUGGCUUCAAAUGCACAUGUGCAAACGGAUUCGCAGGUCCGCGCUGUGACGUAAAUGUUAAUGAGUGUUCUAGCUCUCCUUGUCAGAACAAUGGAAUGUGCGUUGACAAAGAUGGCAGUUUUACGUGUUUGUGCAGGCCGGGAUACAGUGGAGACAGAUGUCAAGUUGUUGGAUCAUCUGAUUUCGACCUCACUUUCGAGCGAUCAAAAGGACGUACUACUUCGUUUGUUGAUAUGAGACAAGAGCUUCGUGCUUUUACCAUCAGCUUUUGGAUGAAGACCAGUGCUSAAGAAAUCGAUAAUGUAGAUCCUGGAACACCGAUUUCUUAUGCAGCAGAACGUCAAGGUAAAUUACUAGAUAAUGCACUGGUAAUUCAUGAUUAUAAUGGUUUUAACAUUUGGAUCAAUAACGAGAAGGCUGCAACUAACGUUCCUGCUAAUGACGCCAAGUGGCAUCACAUGGCAUUUACAUGGAAGAGCAGUUCUGGGCAAUGGCGUGUUUACAAGGAUGGUGCCAAUGUGAAAUCUAGCUCAGCAGCAUUUCAACAAAAUCAGGUCAUCCCUGCUGGUGGUUUGUUUGCACUUGGUCAAGAACAAGAUGUCUUAGGUGGUAACUUUAGCGCUAAUGAGGCUUUCAUUGGACAAAUGAGUCAAAUGAAUAUCUGGAGCUAUGAGCUUGAUGCUUCUGAUAUCGCUGAAAUGAGUAGACAUGCGGACCACAGGGAUGGUAACGUUGUUGCCUGGAGUGACUUCUUGGUAAAGAUUGACAAGACGGUAAAGAAAACACARCCAUCAGCAGCAAGGCACCAAAAUAAGUGUUGGUCGAAUUGGAUUGAUCGCAAUGACCCCAACUCUGCAGGAGAGAGUGAGAACAACGGCGGUGCGUGUACAUCAUCAUACUAUGACUGCCAGACACUGUCAGGAGAGGGGAAGGAAGACAUAGAAACUGAAUUUACUUGUACUUCAAGCGGAGUCAGUUGUGUAAACAGCAAGGAAAACAUUUGUCCAGAUUUCAAAUUCCGUGCUGUUUGCAAUUGUCCAGUGAACACGGCAUGUAAAACAAAUAGAUGUCAGAACAAUGGUGUUUGUGUCAGUCUUUCUAUUGGUUACAAAUGUAAAUGUCCAGCCGGGUUUGAGGGAAGACACUGUGAGAAAGCAAUAAAUUGUCCAAAUCCCGGUCCACUUGCCAACGGGCAUAUUACUACUUCAUCAUCAACUUUCGGGCCUGGGACUAGGGCAACUUUCACAUGCAAGCAAGGGUACUAUCUCWUUGGUUCUCAAUCCCUGACAUGUCGCUCUGGCAAGUGGCAAGGAUCUAUACCAGUUUGUAGAGAUAUCGACGAGUGCUCUCAAGGGAAAUGUAAGCAUUCAUGCGCUAACUUUGAUGGUGGUUACCGAUGUUCAUGUGCAAAGGGCUACGCACUUCAAAAUGACGGCACUUGCAAAGAUAUCAAUGAGUGCUCAACGCAUGGAAUCUGCGAGCAAAAGUGCAUCAAUGUCAUGGGUGGCUAUAGAUGUUCGUGCUCUGCAGGAUAUAGACUUAAAGGAGGGGCUUGUGAAGAUAUCGAUGAAUGUGCAGCUAAUCAAGGCCGGGGCAGCUGCGAACAGCUUUGCGUAAAUUCUCUAGCUUCGUUCAAGUGUCACUGCAAUAAGGGUUAUACUCUCAACACUGAUGGCAGAACAUGCAGAGCGAUAACUUGCCCCCGCUUAGCAGCACCAUCAAAUGGCAAACGCACUCCCAACAAAGAUGUUGUCAGUCUCGGUAGUAUUAUGCGCUUUGAGUGCAACGAUGGUUAUCGUUUGGUAGGUUCUAGCAUGCGAUCGUGYAUGCCUAAUGGUCAGUGGUCAGGCGUAGCACCAUCAUGCGUCGGCGUCAAGUGCAUUCCCACAAUGGCUCCUUUGAAUGGCUUUGUCCAGCAGUCUCAUCUUCAAUACGGUAGCAAAGCCGUGUAUUCCUGCCGAUCUGGAUUUAGACUUCUUUAUUCAUCACAACGAGUUUGUGGAAAAGAUGGACUUUGGACAAACCAACAACCCUUGUGUAUUCCUGCCCAUUGUCCAGAACCAUCUGCACCUGUACUUGGAAAAGUAGUUGGUCUUCAGCGGAGUCAGGGCGACACUAUUAGAUUUGAAUGUAAAACAGGACAUAGAGUAGAUGGAUCUUCAUUUGCUGUCUGCCAGAGUAAUGGUCAAUGGAGUCAUUCAACGCCCAAGUGCAAAAUCAUUGACUGUGGAAAACCUGCUGCGCUUGCCAAUGGGAUGAUAACUGGAUUGGUGUAUACAUACGGAGCAAAGAUUCAAUAUGCUUGCAACAAAGACUUCCAUUUAUCUGGAUCUAAGGAAAGACAAUGUGAAAGUAAUGGCUUAUGGAGCGACAAGGAUCCUGUUUGCUUGGAGCGUUCUUGUGGUCAUCCUGGUGAACUUGCUAACGGUGUUAUGACAGGAGAAGACUUCACUUACGGCAAGAUAGUUACCUUUAAGUGCAAUGUUGGUUAUGCCCUCAGCGGAUCUGCUUCAAGAACAUGUCAGACUAAUGGACAGUGGACUGGAUCRCAACCAACAUGCAAUGCUGUAAGCUGUGGUAAUCCUGGUGUACCAUCCAACGGCGAAGUAUUUGGUAAAAAGUAUACAUAUGGUGAAAAUCUUCGCUUCKACUGUCUUCCUGGUUAUAGACUUGUUGGAUCAAUAGAUCGGUCAUGUGGUGCUGAUGGACGAUGGACUGGAACUCAACCUCGUUGCGAUAAGACAAGCUGCGGAGCCAACCUUGUUGGUCCAACGGGAACCUUUUCUUCGGUCAACUUCCCCAAUGGAUACAACAACAAUGAUUACUGCCGAUGGAAGAUCACAGUACGUUCGGACAGAAAAGUCAUGAUCACAUUUAACAGUUUCAAAACACAGGCAGGGAAAGACUUUGUUGAGGUGUACGAUGGUAGAAACGGUCAGCUCAUCACUAAACUGUCAGGCAUCCAUUCUAAACCAAUUUCGUUCACCUCUAACUCGAACAUGAUGGACGUGAAAUUCUACUCAGAUUCUAAAGAUGUUACAGAUGGUUUUGAAGCAUCGUACGAGCCUGUUUCUUGUGGAGGACUUGUCACGCAGCUUGGUUCCGUCAUAAAGUCCCCUAACUACCCCAACAAUUACCCAAAUGGAGUGAAAUGCGUUUGGGCCCUUAACAUUGGACAUGCUUUCCAACUUGAAUUCGACUCCUUCAACACUCAACCAAGUUAUGACUAUUUAAGAGGGUAUGACUCUCUCUCGUCUUUCACAGCCGCCAAUCUCGAAUUUGAGUACGAGGACGAGUGGGUCAGACUCAAAGUCCAGUCUACAACAGGCCAAAUGCUUUUAAUAUUUUCAUCCAAUGGAUCCGUGAAUAGGAAGGGUUUCCAGUUAACCGUUAAGAAGUAUCAAGUAAUUGUAGGCCGAAAGAAAAGAGAUCUAGUCUUUCAUUAUUGAUUGAACGACCCAUCAAAAUUAUAGAGAAUGUACUCGUGUGAUGUUAGAUAGUGGUGAUGGUUCAAUGGUAUUUGUAUUAACAAGGCCUUAAUAAAUGCUUAUUUCACAUAGA